AUGGAAACUCGGAGGAAUGGUGGGUCGCAGGUGGUGGACUGCAGCGACGAUGGAAGGACAGCUACGACGAUGGGUAUCUGUGGUUGGUGGCUGUGGGCGGCCUUGCUGCUUUAUUUCUAUUGGCGGAUGCUCGGCGAGGGAUCAAGACGAAGCAACAGCGACGAUGGCGUUUGGUGGUGAUGUUAUAAGGUCAACCUUAAGGCUGAAGGGAGUAGUGUUGAGGUCCCGAGCUCAGCAAAGAAGAGGAAAUUCUUGAAGAAGAGAAGGAGAAGAGAAGUGGUGAGCUAUCGAGUUCAGGAGAAGAAAAGGCGAAUCAAGUGUAGAAGGAGAGAUACUCGAAAGAGGGGUGCCGAUUUACGUUGCCAAAUAGUCUUUGCGGAGCAUGAGACGUUGUAUGCACUGAGUCCACGUAGACAUGAAGAAACGAUGUCCAGUUGUUCUAGUAGUGGCAGUAGUUGCUUUGUGGACGAUGAGGAGUUAUUACAGUUUGAAGCGAGAUGUAAAGAGUUGAGGAUAGAAAAGGACAUGCUGAAAGAAUCAAGCUAUGAACUCAUUCGGAGCCUUGAAUCACAUGCAAAAACAUUAUCCCAAAAUCGUUCCAAUGACAAGAAACGUAUACAAGAUUUAGAAAGAGAGCUAAGAAACUGCACACAAGAAAUAGAUUACUUGCAGGAUCAAGUAAACACAAGGGACACAGAAAUAAACCACAUGACUGAUUACGUCCAAAUUCUAGAGUCAAAACUCAAAGCAAAAGAUAAUUUAGAUGGAAUCAUGAGAAGUUUAGAGCAAGAUUUGAAGGCAUGCAAUUUGGAAAAGUUGGUUUUGUUGGAAAAAUUAGAAAACAAAGAACAAGAAUUGCAUGAUGUUGCUUUAGACUACCAAUGUGACAUAGAAAGCAUGAAUCUUGAUUUAAUGGCUAUGGAGAAUAGUUUUCUUGAAGCUAAAGAACUCCAAGAAGAAGUUGUUCAAGAACAUUGUAAGAUGCAGGAAAUGACUAAAAACUACAACCUUCAAAUGCAUGAAUAUGAACUUCUUGUGAGCCAAUUGAAGGAACAAUUAAGAGAUGAAAAAUUUAAGGCAAAAGAAGAAGCUGAAGAUUUAGCUCAAGAAAUGGCUGAGUUAAGAUAUGAGUUAACCGGAUUGCUUGAAGAAGAAUAUAAAAGACGCGCAUGUAUAGAACAAAGAGCUUUACAAAGAAUAACCGAGUUGGAGUCUCAGAUUGAAAAAGAACGAAGGAAAACUUUUGCUAAUAGAGGUUUACUCGUCAUCAAAGACUUUUUCUUCCAAUAUUCAAUUCCCCCGCUUUCGUCUUCCUCUAUAUCCCUCGUCCCUUUCCACUUGGAUAUUCUCUCCGGCAUCCACCGGUUUCUAUCGUAUCUCCUAAUUUCACAGCUUGCAGAGUCUAACAUGUCUGGGCUCAAGAAACCGAAUCAGCACAAACCUCGAUUCCCAAGUCAACCCACCUCCAAUCCAUUCGAUUCUGAUGAUGAAAUCGACAAAAAAUCAACCCUAAAACCAUCAAAAAAACCCUCUUCCGAACCUUCAUUAACCCCAAAUUCAAAAACCAGUCUUUUCGAUUACAAUGAAAUUAAAGGGGGCUCGAAUUCAUCUGGGUAUGCAUCAAGAAACAAAUACAAAAACGAUUUCAUUGAUUCUGGUGGUGUAGAUAACCAAAGUGUCCAAGAAUUGGAACAUUAUGCUGCGUAUAAAGCUGAAGAAACUACAAAGUAUGUGCAUAGUGCAUUAAAAAUUGCAGAAGAUAUUAGAGAAAGUGCCACUAACACCAUGCUCACCUUGCAUCAACAAGGUGAACAGAUUAACAGAACCCACAAUGCUGCAGCAAAUAUUGAGCAAGAUCUCAGUAGGGGAGAGAAGCUAUUGGGAAGUCUUGGAGGCAUUUUUUCUAGGACUUGGAAGCCCAAAAAGGGUCAGACAAUAAGAGGUCCUACAAGCAUCAGAGAUGAUCCUGAUAGAAGAAAGGGUAACCAUUUGGAGCAAAGAGAAAAAUUGGGACUUACAACAAGUCCAAAUAAGGGAGCUUCACGUUCGAGGAUCCCACUUCCUGAAUCCGCUGAUGCAAUGCAGAAAGUUGAGUACGAAAAGGAGAAGCAGGAUGAUGGGCUCUCCGAAUUGAGUAACAUAUUGGGGGAAUUGAAGGAAAUGGCUGUUGACAUGGGUUCUGAAAUUGAAAGGCAAGAUAAAGCCCUUAAUCCUCUUCAAGAUGAUGUUGAUGAGAUCAAUUUCAGAGUAAGGGGUGCUAAUCAACGAACUCGGCGUCUUCUUGGAAAAUAAUUGAAUUGGUUUGAAUGAAUUUGGUUAUUUUUAUAUAUUUUAUGGAAAAAUAUAGAAAACGAUAUCUCCUUACUACUUCCCUUUUAUUUAUUAUGUAGAUGAUUGUUUACCUUACAGUUUUCCAAUUAACUUUUUAUAGGGUUUA